AUGUCCACCACUGUGUCUAUUCCCCAAGGUAAGCUACAGCUGUGCCCCUCUUAUGUUCCCAGGAGACUUCCAAGACCAGCAGAAGAUCUUCAGAAAGAAAUUGAUAGGAGGAAGGCUCAGUUCAAAUUAGGCUGGAGGGAGUCAACAUUAUACCCUGAUUGGAGGAAAGAAGAGUUUCAAGCUGUAAAUAUGACUCUUGAUGAAGCCACUGCUCAUCCCAGCCUCCUCCUGACUGAAGAGAGGAGAGGAGUAACCUUGCAAGAAAUACAGCAAGAUCUACCCAGCUCCACACAGAGAUUUGUCUCUGUUCCCUGUGUGCUGGGUCAACCACAAAUCUGUGCGGGGAGAUACUACUGGGAGGUGGAAGUUGGGGACCUGCAUUCCUGGGACCUGGGAGUUUGUAGGGAUAAUGUAUCAAGGAAGGGGACUUUCCAAAUGUCCCCACAGAAUGGUUUCUGGGUCAUUAGACUCUACCAGGAGGAUUACUGGGCCCUUACCAUCUCAGAAACUCAUCUUACUCUAAGAGAAAAACCCCUUAGUGUGGGGAUAUUCCUGGAUUAUGAGGCUGGAGAUGUAUCUUUCUAUAAUAUGACAGAUGAAUCCCACAUUUUCACAUUUUCCAAACAGACAUUUUAUGGUGUCCUAAGACCACUUUUCAGACUUUGGUCCCCUGACUCUGGCCCCUUGACCAUUGUCCAGGUGGAGUAGAACACACUGAUGUUGUAAUUCAUGUGCCUACACCUCCAUAAGAAAUUACUGCAUUGGGCCCAAGUGAUCAUUAUAAUUCUCCCCACUGGCCACAAAUUGAUUUUUUUCCCCUCCUGCAUACUGGUUCAAUCUCAAGGUGAAGUUCUGUGAGACUAAUUGAUUGUUGCCUCUCAUGUCAUUUCUUUCUUUUUCCUUAAUCAUAAACUCCUACUAUUACUAUGCCUGUGACAACCUAAUAUAAAGAUUAAAUUUCCUAGACUACCAGCUGAAUAUCACUAAAUGAUGACCAGUGCCUUAUAAGAUUAAUUAUUCUGUAUAAUUUCUGGGAUGUUUCUUUAAAGGAAAACUGUGUGCUUUUCUUAUUCUGUUUACUUUUUAUGACGCCUGAAAUCUAUAAUUAAUGAAACAUCUCUGACCAUGUAAAAGUCAUGGAUAGCAGACAAGAUACAGUGGCUUAGGUUUUUGAUAACUUGUGGAAAUACUUUAUUACUCAGUUCCUAAAUUAUCUUCAGUGAGAAAUAAACUGUU